UAUUCACAGCAUUUAAUCUUGAUACGGAACAGUCCAAGCUUUCUUCUUCCUCUUCUUUUUCAAUGUCUGCUUCAUACAGAAUCUGAAAUUCUAGAGAUACCCAUUUGAGAAAAAAAGGUGAUAAAGCUACCAUGGCUUGGUUGCGGAGCCUCAUCCAACUCUCAGUCACCAAAUCCUCGUCCAUUAGAACCAGAAAAACAAACCCAUUUCCCUUGCCAACGCUCGCUUUGAUCGCACAAUUCAGCUCAGCUCCGACGCACGAGACUCCGCGGGUUACUCCUUAUUCGGGGUUGGGGCCCGCCAAGCAGGGCGAGAAGCCGAGGGUCGUGGUUCUGGGAUCCGGAUGGGCUGGUUGCCGACUCAUGAAGGGUUUGGAUACCAGUAUGUACGACGUCGUUUGCGUCUCGCCUAGGAACCAUAUGGUCUUCACGCCUCUUUUGGCCUCCACCUGUGUUGGGACGCUUGAGUUUAGGUCCGUGGCUGAACCCAUUGGGAGGAUCCAACCCGCCAUUUCUCGGGAACCCGGAUCAUACUUCUUCCUCUCGAAAUGUGUCGGCAUCGAUACCGAUAAACAUGUGGUGGAAUGUGAGACAGUUACUGAUGCAGCAGAAUCUUUGGAUCCUUGGAAAUUCAAGAUUUCAUACGACAAGUUGGUUAUUGCAUUAGGUGCAGAAGCCUCAACUUUUGGAAUCCAUGGUGUAACAGAACAUGCAAUUUUUCUUCGUGAAGUGUACCAUGCCCAAGAGAUUCGUAGGAAGCUGCUGCUAAAUUUAAUGCUGUCAGAUAUACCUGGGGUUUCAGAAGCAGAGAAGUCUAGACUCCUGCACUGCGUUGUUGUAGGUGGCGGUCCCACCGGAGUUGAGUUCAGUGGAGAACUUAGUGAUUUUAUAAUGAGAGAUGUUCGACAGCGAUAUGCUCACGUGAAAAAUUAUAUUCAUGUUACCUUAAUUGAGGCAAACGAAAUAUUGUCUUCAUUUGAUGAUCGACUCCGGCAUUAUGCAACCAAGCAGUUGACUAAGUCAGGAGUUCGUCUUGUCCGUGGGGUUGUCAAGGAUGUCAAAGCUCAAAAAUUAAUUCUUGAUGAUGGCACAGAGGUUCCUUAUGGGCUGUUAGUAUGGUCUACAGGUGUUGGUCCAUCACCUUUUAUAAAAUCCCUUGACCUUCCAAAAGCUCCGGGUGGAAGGAUUGGUGUUGAUGAGUGGCUGCGUAUUCCUUCUUUGGAGGACGUAUUUUCGAUAGGAGACUGCAGUGGCUUUCUUGAAAGUACUGGAAGAUCGACCCUACCAGCGUUAGCCCAGGUUGCAGAGCGUCAAGGAAAAUAUUUAGCGAAUCUCUUGAACAGAAUCGGUAAAGCUGGUGGUGGUCCUGCAAACAGAGCGAAGGAUAUCGAAUUCGGGGAGCAAUUUGUUUACAAGCAUUUAGGAAGCAUGGCCACCAUCGGCAGAUACAAGGCUCUUGUGGACCUCAGACAGAGCAAGGAGGCGAAAGGUGUAUCUCUUGCUGGAUUCCCGAGUUGGUUUAUAUGGCGCUCGGCUUAUCUAACGCGCGUGAUAAGCUGGAGAAAUAGAUUCUAUGUGGCAAUCAACUGGGCUACAACUUUUGUGUUUGGCCGUGAUAUAAGCAGAAUAUAAAUUUGAAAAAGGGCAACAAGCAGUAUGAUCUAAUUGAGUGAGUGAGUUUGCAGCUGGACCUGUCUUUGCAUAAAUGAAAAUAGGUCAUCAACGAUCAAGUUUAUAGCAUUAAAUGGGAUAAUAAAAUAUUAUACUUCUUGUAAAUGUCAUUAUUGGUCCAUAAUGUUCUCUGAAUGUUAUUAGCUGGUCAUUAUGUCAUGAUGUACAUGAGAAUGUUUAGCGAAUACAUCUACAAGUAUAACGAUAUUGUAAUAGUGCACUAUAGUGUUUAGUCACGUUUGACUAACUUAUGAAGUUGAAGGUGCAAGACUAAUUAAUCUUGCUUUCUGGUGGAA